AUGGGUAUCCUUGAAAGAAUAGCAGAUAUCGAAUCUGAGAUGGAUCGAACUCAGAAAAAUAAAGCAACAGCAAGACAUUUAGGCUUAUUGAAAGCACAAUUAGCCAAACUAAGACGGGAAUUAAUCGAACCAAAAGGUGGAGGUGGUGGUAAAGGUGAAGGCUUUGAUGUAGCAAAAACGGGCGAUGCAAGAAUUGGAUUCGUCGGUUUUCCUUCUGUAGGCAAGAGUACAUUAUUAACAAAUUUAGCUGGAGUGUAUUCUGAAGUAGCUGCAUAUGAAUUUACUACUUUAACAACUGUGCCUGGUGUUAUUCGUUAUAAAGGUGCAAAAAUUCAAUUACUUGACCUUCCUGGCAUCAUUGAGGGAGCAAAAGAUGGAAAAGGACGAGGUCGACAAGUCAUUGCUGUUGCUCGAACAUGCAAUCUAAUAUUUAUUGUCUUAGACGUUUUGAAACCAUUGAUACAUAAAAGAUUGUUAGAGAAUGAACUUGAAGGAUUUGGUAUACGUUUAAAUAAAGAGCCACCAAAUAUUUAUUUUAAACGUAAAGAUAAAGGAGGUUUAAAUUAUCAAGCACUGGUACCUCAAACAUUAUUAGAUAUUGAGACAAUAAAAGCCAUAUUGGCUGAAUAUAAAAUACAUAAUGCUGACAUUAUAUUGAGAUGUGACGCAACAGAAGAUGAUAUUAUUGAUAUUAUCGAGGGAAAUCGUAUUUAUGUUCCAGCGAUUUAUGUUUUAAAUAAAAUUGAUCAAAUUUCAAUUGAAGAAUUAGAUAUUAUUUAUAAAAUUCCGCAUACUGUACCAAUAUCAGCUCAUCAUAAAUGGAAUUUUGAUGAUUUAUUGGAAAAAAUGUGGGUUUAUUUAAAAUUAGUUCGAAUCUAUACAAAACCAAAAGGUCAAUUACCCGAUUAUCAAGCACCUGUUGUACUACUUCAAGGACACACAACUGUAGAAGAUUUUUGCAAUAAAAUUCAUCGACAAUUAAUGGCCGAUUUCAAGUAUAGUCUUGUGUGGGGUUCUUCUGUAAAACAUCUACCACAAAAAGUUGGAAAAGAACAUGUGUUACUUGACGAAGAUGUUGUGCAAAUAGUUAAAAAAUCAGGCUAA